AUGCAGUGCUGUGGUCAAGUAGGCCAAUCUUCAACCUGUCCACUUAACCCGAAUACCACAACCACCAAUAACGACGUCGUCUCUACCACUCCUACUGCCAACACUUCCAAUACCAUCUUCGUUUCCACCAAUACUUGCAGCAGCUGUGGUCAACCUGGACAUUUGCGACGGUCGAAUCUAAAUUGUCCCAACAACCCUCGCAACAUUUCCAAUGUCCAUUCAACACCCAUUGCCCAUUUAACACCCAUUGCCCAUUCAACACCCAAUGUACUUUCAACACCAAAUGCACCUUCUGCACCCAAUGCAAACACCACUCGGCAGGUUCCCCAACGCCGUUACCCUGCCAGGAUGCUUCCUUCCGAUUUUCAUCCAACAGCCAGGCCACGUGACAAUAUUGGUCCUGAUGGCAGACACUCCUUUGGAGAAAUGUCGUCAACAUGUCCUCAUUGUCACGCCAAGGCCUGGAUUGCUGAACGUGCGGACUCCUCCAUGUCAAAUCCAAAAUACUCCUUUUGCUGUAACAAAGGAAAGGUUUCACUUACAUUGCCGUCGCCUCCACCUGAUCCACUACUUCGCUUGCUUACUGCCCAAGAUGAGGUUUCUAACGCUUUCCGUAUCAACAUUCGUGCAUACAAUUCCGCAUUUGCUUUCUCCUCUAUUCGUGCUGAGCUUGACACAGACCUUGCAAACGCAAGAUCAGGAGUCUACACUUUCCGUGCCAACGGUGUUAUUCAUCAUUCCAUCGCUACUUCAAUGAUCCCGUCAAAUCAACAGCCAGGGUUCGCUCAAAUUUAUAUAUGCGACUCAAACCAACAACUCGAUAUUCGUGCUUCUCUGAAUGGUGGCCUUGAUCGAGAUAUUGUGCAACAAUUGCAAGACAUGAUCUUGGAUGUCAACCCUCUUGCUCGCAUCUACACACGUGCUGCUGAUCAACUGGAGAAUGAGCCUGACAAUGAUUUUGCUAUCACCAUCCAUUCCGAUCGUUCUUCCAGCCGUGGCCAUCGUGGUCAGUUUCUACAACCCGCCACUGCUGAAAUUGCUGCUGUGGUCCCAAUCUCUUCCUCUUCCACUGCCUAUCGCAAUAUUGUCAUCAGCCGUCAUGGUCAAGGGCUUAUGCAAAUUGACGGAUGA